UGCAUCCAGUUUGCAGUCCAAGUCCAGGCAGUCCCUUUUAUUCAAUUUCUGGAACAGUACAUGCCACUUCUAUUCUUUGGAAAUGUCAAAUAUGAUUUAUUUUCAGUUGUGAGCUCAUUUCAAUAGCUUCCCAGACGUGUUGAAUUUUAAAGCAUUUGACUUACUCUGAAGACACAAUAUGAUCUUCAUAUCUGCUGAAAAAGUACACUUUGUUCUUUAUUUGUCAAUAGGUCUACUGAGUCUACCACUGCUUACAGAAUGUGAGAAAGUUAGGCUGAUGGGGACUUCACGUUGCUCUGGUAGAGUGGAGGUCCACUACAGUGACAGCUGGGGAACAGUGUGUGAUGAUCACUGGACCAUUGCCAAUGCUGACGUGGUGUGUCGCGAGUCAAACUGUGGCACAGCUCUCGAAGCCAAGAAAGGUGCCUUCUUUGGACAGGGAAAGGAUAACAUUUGGUUGGACGAUGUGCAAUGUACUGGUCACGAAACUUCCAUCCUCAAGUGCUCACACAAACAAUUUGGGGAUCAUAACUGUGGCCACGGUGAAGAUGCUGGGGUUAUCUGUUCAGAGCAUGUGCGGCUGGUCAAUGGAAGCAAUCGGUGUAACGGCAGAGUGGAAAUCUAUCAUGAUGGCCACUGGAAACGAUCAUGUAGCAGUGACUGGGGCAAAGAAGAAGCCGAUGUGGUGUGUCAAGAGAUUAGCUGUGGUGCUCCUAUUGUUCAGACUACAGCUCUAUAUUUUGGAGAGGCCCCUGAACUACCUGGAAUCAAAACGUCUUGUUCUGGAAAUGAGACUUCUGUUUCACAGUGCACACUCCAAGAUUUCAAGGAAACCUGUGUUGAUGCUACUGUUUACUGUACAAACAGUAAACCAAUUCGCUUGGUGAAUGGGACUAAUCGGUGCUCUGGUCGAGUGGAAAUCCACCAUGAUGGACAGUGGGGAACAGUUUGUGAUGACAGAUGGGGGAUACAGGAAGCAGCUGUCGCAUGCCGGGAGAUGAACUGUGGGAAUGCUCUCUCAGUCAAGUACAGGGCUUUCUACGGCAGAGGUCAGGGCCAGGUUUGGUUGGAUGAUAUUGAGUGUACUGGUGAAGAGAAGUCACUUGGUGAAUGCCCUCACAGAGGUUUUGGAGAACAUGACUGUGACCACAAUGAAGACGCUGGUGUUGAAUGCUCAGAGACAGUCAGAUUGAUCAAUGGGACUGACCGAUGUUCUGGCAGACUGGAGGUCUUCCACAAUAACCAAUGGGGUGUGAUUUGUAAUAAUAAUUGGGGCCAAAAAGAGGCUUCAUUGGUGUGUAAGGAACUCGCCUGUGGAAAUCCAAAAAAUCCCCACGAAAACUUAAAUUUUGGUGAAAGUGGACUGAGAGCGUUUAGAAGUACAUGCUCUGGCAAUGUGAGCUCCAUCAGCCAGUGUGAACUUCAGGAAUACACAGGGGCAUGCAAUACUGUUUCUCUUUCAUGUACAGGUAAUCCACCACUACGGCUUGUCAAUGGCACUGACCGCUGCUCUGGCAGAGUGGAGAUUCUGCAUAAUGGCCAGUGGGGAACAGUGUGCGAUGACGAGUGGGACAUCAAAGAUGCUCAGGUUGUGUGCAGAACCAUGGACUGUGGAACAGCUCAAACAGCCAAAUCUAGUGCCUUCUUUGGUCAAGGCCAAGGAGACAUCUGGCUGGACGAUGUCAGAUGUUCUGGGAAUGAGACUUCCCUUGUGCACUGCCAACAUCCCUCCUUUGGAGAAAAUAACUGUGGUCAUGGUGAAGAUGCUGGUGUGGUGUGUUCAGCAACCAUUAGAGUGAUCAAUGGGACUGAUCAGUGCUCAGGCAGGGUGGAGGUCUACCAUGAAGGCCAUUGGUCGCCAGCAUAUAAUGUUAACUGGGGAAUGCAUGAAGCUGCAGUGGUGUGCAGAGAGAUGAACUGUGGAGAUCCUGUCAAGGUCACAAGGUCAUUUGGUCAAGGCAGCAAUCUGAGAGGGUAUAAGGUCAGCUGCACCGGUAGAGAGAGCUCUCUUACUCAGUGCUCACUCAUACCAUAUGAAAGGACCGGCCAGAUUCAUGUUGAGGAGGCAGCUGUUCAAUGUUCAGGCAAUGUGAAAUUGACCAAUGGAUCCAACCACUGUGCCGGAAAAGUGGAGUUUUACGACAAAGGCCAGUGGAGGACUGUGUGUGGUGAAUCCUGGGAUAUGAGUGAUGCCACAGUGGUGUGCAGGCAGCUGAAUUGCGGGAAGGCUGAUAAGAUUACCACCAUGGUUGAGUAUGGGCACGGCACAGGACAGACCUGGAUCGAUCAAAUCGAAUGCAAUGGAAUGCAGUCUACACUGACUCAGUGCCCACAAAGAUCAUAUACAGACAAAACUUGCAACAUCACCUCAGUUGCUGGUGUUGUUUGUGCAGGAAGUUUGGAAGUCCGGUUGGCUAAUGGUAAGGACGACUGCUCUGGCAGAGUAGAGGUCCGUCACGGUGAGGUGUGGCAAACAGUGUGUGACGCAGACUGGACCCUGAGUAAAGCUGAGGCAGUGUGUCAGCUGCUGGAGUGUGGACGUGCUGUGAACGCUCCCGGCGGCGCCCAUUUUGGUCAGGGCACAGGAUCAGUAGUGGAGGCUAAUGAUUCAUGUUUUGACAACGUGACAUCUCUUCAGCAGUGUUCACUCAAAGGUUUCAGAGCAGCAACAUGUGGCCAUGAACGUGAUGCUGGAGCAAUCUGUGCAGCACAGCUUCGUUUGGUUGGCGGCACAGCUAAAUGCUCUGGUAGGGUGGAGGUUCUCUAUAAAGGCCAGUGGGGAACUGUGUGCGAUGAUGAUUGGGAACUAAGCAAUGCCGAUGUGGUGUGUAGACAGCUUGGUUGUGGUCAUGCAGUUUCUGCUCCUGCAAGUGCCCACUUUGGUAGAGGCACUGGUCCAAUAUGGUUGGAUAAUGUGGGUUGUACGGGCCAAGAGUCUGCUCUCACACACUGUUCGCAUCCCGGGUUUGGAGAGAAUAACUGCGGGCACGGCGAAGAUGCUGGUGUCAUCUGUUUAGGUGCUCUAUCGAAACCUCAAAUCUCUUUGAGUCCUGGUUCAGAGGUAAACUGGGGUGACAGAGUUGAAAUCACCUGCUCUGUAGAAACAGAACUCUCGGGCGGGACAUUCGUCCUGAAAACGACCCAAGGAUUUAAAUUGGAAAAAUUCUCUGAACACGACUCUGUAACCUUUCCCUUCCCUGCAGUGGACUUCAGCCACAAGGGGUCAUACUUCUGUGAAUAUCAAAAGAAAUUGACCAGUCAAGUCAUCUAUUAUCCUCAAGGAGAUCCUGCUGACCUGUCUGUUAAAGUGCACCUCGAGAAGCCCAUCAUCUCGCUGACGUCUCCUCAUGCAAUGGUGAUCUUCACCCCGGACCAAAUAUCGGUCAACCAGGGAAGCAGCUUCUCCAUCACUUGCUCUAUUUAUUCCAAAUAUCCUGGAGGAGUCUUCCAUCUGAUGAACUCUAAAAUGAACACCACUGAAAUUAAGGAAGCAUUUGGCCACCAUAUCUUCUACCUAGCUUACUUUGAAUUCCCUGCAAUAGACUUUAAACACCAAGGAGACUAUACCUGUGUCUAUGCUGUUAACAUCUCCUCAAUGUCCUUCAGCUCUGUUCCCUCAAAGUCCAUCCAAGUCACUGUAGUCGGGACCUCGUCAUCUUCAGUUAUCUCAGGAACUGUGGCUGGUCUAGUGGUGUUGCUGCUCGUGCUGCUUAUAGGCUUCCUGGUCUGGAGAAGAAGAUGGCGUGUUUCCAAUACCGUGGUUCAGUUUGUUAACAGGUUUGGAGGACCAAUAAAACAAGAUUUGGAAGACAAAGGCAAUGGAGCACUCAGUGGAAUGGACCACAAUGCCAAAGUGAAUGAGAGUGUUGGACACAGCCGUAGCCCAGAAUACAAGACUAUGGAUGACGAGUUUGAUGGCCCUGUUGAGAGCGUCUCUGAAGAUCUGCCUGGCAAAGUGUGUUAUGAGCUUGAACCACUCGUUCUCUCGUGAAAACUAAAUGACUCAAAGAAUAACCUGCGUCACGUGGUUUCACAAAAUGAAAAAAAAUUGAAGAGAAAUGCAACACCAGGCUAAAAAGUUUCUCUGCUCUCUCUGGUUGAAUGUUUCAUUUCUGGGGCACCCGUAAGCUCACCCUGUAGUGAUGUUGUGGUGUACUGGCACCCGCUGGGGUAUACUAAUUCAUCGAAGCAGUGAAUUCAGUGAACCAAACCAGAUCAGCUGGUGUUAUAUUGCUCUUUAAGCUAGACCAUAGGAACAUUUAAGACUCAUGUUAAUUGUGUUUUUAUAACUCUUUUGGGUAAACAAAUAAUUCAGAAAUCUACCAACUCAAAUUGAUGCUGUAUUAUUUACUUAAUAAGCUUUAGAAAUUUUUCUUUUAAAUUGAAAAUGUAAUUUUAAAUAACAUAUACGAUGCCGUACGUUUCACUUUAUUAAAGAUUCUCUGCAACAUUUAUACAUAUUCCUGUAGUAAUUUUUAUUUUUAUUUUCUGGGAGAUUCUGCAAGGUUCACUGACCUGUUAGAAUGUACUGAUCAUGGAUGGCACAUUAGCUUUUGCUUUAUAUUGUCUUUGUACUGCAUGAUAAUUUGCUUUUUUUUUUGUUGCAUCUGAGUGCUGAUCAAUAAAUUUAUAGUUCUUGCAACA